CAAAGACAGACGCUGUUACCGUGACGACUUGUGACAGCGGCCCACGCUCUCCACGUGAUAAUCUCGGUAUUUACCGGUGUCACAAACAAACAACCGUUUCUGGACACGCGCCAUUUCUUUCUUCUGCCACCACCGCGCUUCUUAUUCAUCCAACAAGUCCAGACUUACGCGACGAAGACCCAAGAAGACAUUUAUCUGUCUUUUCAUUGCUUCGUGCUUCCCCUUUCACGCGCGACACCCUCGAAAAAUGGCUGAAUGGGCCUCGGACUCAAAUAGCGCUCUCAAACUUUCACUGGUGCGAGCAGCGUCAGACAAAGAAGUGCUGGGCGACGACGAAUCCUAUGAAGACUUUCAUCCGUCAUUCACCUAUCCUAUAUUUGGAGAAGAUGAGAAAAUUUACGGCUACAAAGAUCUCACCAUUGACAUGCGAUUCGCUUCGGGAUCUCUGGCCCAGUUCUUGGCCGUCAAGUAUACACAGAAGCUGGGAGCGUCGUCUACAGUGGAUGAUGUUGAAGGUACUUUGAAGGAUUUCAUACCUCCAGGGUAUUACACGGACGAGGCUGCAUUUGCUGCCAAGGUGGAAGAAGAUGCGACAUCCUUCAAGCCUCUCGGGAAGCUAAUUCAUUCAUAUUCACGUCCGAUCCCGACGCAUAAAGGAAAGGGCAAGGCCACUGAGAGUACAGAGACUGUCGAUUAUGAGGUUUAUCAUACGACAUGGGACACUCCCGGAUUCAGGGAACAUCAUCGAAGAAUGCAACUUUUUAUUUUGUUACAUAUUGAGGGCGGCUCUUAUAUCAACGAAGAGGAGGAUCAAUGGGAAUUUGUCGUUCUGUACGAGAAGCGCAGACGGCGGGACGGCAGUUUUACAUAUCACUUCGUCGGCUACUCGUCCUUGUACAACUUCUACCAUUUCCCAGAGAAAGUCAGGUUACGGCUGAGCCAAUUCGUCAUCCUCACUCCCUAUCAACGACAAAGCCAUGGAUCUGCACUAUACUCCGCCCUCUAUCAAUACGUUCUCUCUCAAGACCAUAUAGCGGAACUGACAGUAGAAGAUCCAGCUGAGGCGUUCGAAGACCUUCGGGACAAAAACGACUUGAAGAUGCUCUUUGCCAACGACAAGUUCAUGCAAGAAGGGUUUGGAGGUGAUGGCCUGUCGCACGGUGGAGGCCGUGUUGGUGGAGUGGGUAAAGGCGGUCGGAGUGGUCGAGGUGGAUAUUCGAGUAAAGGGAAACUGGGACCUCCGGUUGAUAAGCACUGGGCGGAAAAGUGGAGGCAGAGCCUCAAGAUCGCUGGUCGCCAAUUCAAUCGCCUCGUUGAGAUGCUCAUUCAGUCGCGAUUGGACCCAGCUGACCUUCGAGCAUAUCGACUGCAAGUCAAAGAACGCCUCUACAGAUUUAACUUUGAAACUCUUGCGCAGCUAGAGAAGGAAGAGCGAUUGGAGAAACUGGAGGAGACGUUCCAGAGUGUUCGGGAGGACUAUUCGCGGAUAUUGGCAUUGGUUCGAUGACUUUGACGGUGUGUACUGAUGUUGUAUUCAGUGACGAAUGCAGUUGUGUAUAAUCGGGCCGAAGUGUGAGAAUAAGAACGGUGUCUACGGGCAACACUUGGCU